UGGGCGACCAAGAUGAAAAACAGUUUUUUUGGAUCGGAGAUUGACAAUUUGGCAAAGUCUUGGUCGAGGGCGUUGACUUUUUUUUUUUACAUAAGUUCCCAUGAUUUCUUUAUUUCCUAGUUCUCAAGCUCUCGGUUACUAUUUACCUUUCCUUCCACACUAGCAUCGCCUCGACCAUCAAGCGGUAUAGCAUCGCGCACUCAGCAUGCCAUCAAUCUUUCUCAUCGCCAUUUUGUUGGCUGCGGGUGUAACUGGGUUAACCCUUCAUACACAUCGUUGCUCUACCAAUACCCAGGUCGCUGGCACUUACGUUAAUGGGAGUGUCUCCAUGAACGAUAACCCCUGGAUCCAUUUUGACGCACCCAUGACCCAGGGCUUCAACCUUACAAACGGCGAAGACUGGUCAUUCGAGGGCGCUUCUACCGAUGGAGAAUCUGGAAUGGGCUUCACCUUUAGUCGAGGCACAGUCGCUGGGCAUACCUUGGCCCAACGGAUGUUCUUUGCCGUGGUGUGGCCCAAUGGUACCAGGUUUAUGGAGUCCACGUUUGCAGACUAUUCUACGAUCAAUAUUUGCAGGGGCCUGAUCAAGGGCACGUGGUACAACGGGACAUCUGGCAUGAAUUGGACGUUCGAGACCUCUGAAGACUAUUCUCGCACUGUUGUCAAAGUUCAAUCGGCCACGGUUCAAGGCACGUUCACGUUGCAUGCGCGGUCUCCAGCUGUGUACCCAAACGGGCUCAUCUACCCCCACCCACAUGGAGACAACCUUUUUGCGCCCUAUCUGUACUGGGUGGAGAACGUGCCCGUUGGAGUCGCGGCAGCUAACCUCACCAUUCGCGGCACGCCCUUCGUCCUCAAGGGCAUCGGCGGACGAGAACGUAAUUGGAAUUCGUUCGCCUGGGCUCAAGUUAGUGCACGCUGGGACAUGUUUAGGGCCAAGAUCGGCCCGUAUACGCUCAUGGUCUGGACUUUCGAAUCGAAAGUCGAUGGCCAAACUUACUUCAGCGGCGUUCUCAUGGAGGAAAUGAACGUGCUCUUCCGAACCCGGACCCAACAAGUUUCGACAACCAAAAACUACGGCUCAUUCAGCCUGCAAAACAACGGAAUGGUUCGCCUGUCUUCUGAAACGAACUCUGCAACGCCUUUACCUAAGUCCAGACACACCGGCUAUUUGCUGGAGAUGGUAGCUCCGACUACGGGAGAGCGGUGGAGGUUCGAGGUCGACUACACGAAGUGUGUCUACUGGUUCCCUGCAGGGCCUUCUGCGAGGCUUGGCGGCUUUGUCGGUGCCAUCAAGGGAGGACUUGUCGGUGGGCCUCAGCACAGCGGACGUGCCAGUGGGACAGCCAUGGAAAAGGACUAA